UCUCUGCAGCACUGCAAGCAUUGCUGGAUUCUUGAAGCUUCCAUCCCAUUUAUAUGUCAAAUGGAGAAAAAAUAUCCAACAAUUGCAGGGAAAGAAAAAGGGCCAGGACCCGGCCGCUAUGGACUUCCUCCAACCAUUGGAUAUGUUGGCCACGACUUCACGAAACAAACCAGCCCUGCGUACUCUUUCCAUGGCAGAAUCAGUAAUAAGAUGUAUUCUGUCGACUCCAGUCCAGGACCUCGAUAUCACGUUGACCCAAAAAUCACUCGUUUUGGAAAGACUGGUUCUCCUGCAUUUUCAAUGUUGAGUAGAAUGAAAGCUCAAAAAGAGCUGUUCCACACACCUGGACCUGGUGCAUACAGCCCUGAGAGAGCACCCCCGUGCAACCUGCAGACCAGACCCCCGGCCUACACAAUAGGUUCUCGUACCCAGUACCGCUGCCUGGACCCUGUCCCCGCUCCCAAUAAGUACAGCCUGCCUCCACUCCUGGGGCCUCAUGUCCCGAACAAGCGGGCCAGUGCCAGUUACACCAUGUCAGGUAGCUUCAGCCGAGGGGGGCGAUCCGUGGAGUUAGCAAAGACACCUGGACCCUGCAGCUACAACAGUACGGACCCCAACGUUUAUCUUUCCCGACAGCCGGCGUUUUCCAUUUUAGGACGUCACGAUUUACACAAGAACGGCACGGAAAAACCCGGCCCUGGAUCUUAUAACCCUGAGAAAGUCACAGUUCACAAGUCCAAGGCGCCAGCUUACACCAUGGGCGUCAGACACUCUGAGUUUGUCACCCCGUUAAUUGUUGGCUUUUCUGACUGAACGUCAAACAGUCCAAAACAUUAUAUAUUUUUAAAAACUGCAUAAAAAAAGGUGAGAAAUGUGACCAAAAAUAUUUUAUUUUGUUCUUUUAGUAAGAAAGUACAUGUUGAAUUAACCAUAACUCACUGACAAAAUGUCUAAUAUCUAUAAGCACAUAACACAAACACAAGUUCAAACAAUAAUAUUUAAAGAAAAAUACAAGUUUUUACUAGAUACAUGUUGCUCAGAUCAAAUCUUGACAACACAGAGCAAUUUACAACAUGGAAAGAUAUUUUGAAAGAAUUGUUCAAAGUGURCAACUAGCUCAGUAAGCUCUUGUAGUUUAUAUCAGGUAAAUAUUCACAGCUGAAACMGAGACUUCUUCCUCUCUUCACCUCAGCAAAACAAAAAAAUACAUUUUGUAAGCGCACCACACUAAAACAAGUACUGCUUUUUCCUCAAACAAUACAUGCCAACAUAUAUAUAAAAAAUAAAUAAA